AAGAAAUGGUUACUAAAACUUUUCCUUAUUAAAUGGCUUCUAGUCACACUUUAAUUCUAGCCAGAGUGACUUCUUUCUGCCCACCUUGCUUCCCAAAUUUGGUUUUUCCUGAGAGACAAGCUCUGCUAUGUCUCCGAGAGGUCCUCGUGGCCUCCAGAUUACAGCAGCGGAUCCCAGGGCUCAGUGCGACAGCCAGCAGGCAGACACCCGAGAGCCCUGGUUGGCUGUGACUCAGUGACACGGCUGCCCUGACAUGCGUGUGAGGAGGCCAGCGUGGGCAGAGCCGUGGGAAGAGGCUGGUGAGACUGAACUGAGGUCCUGUGAAGACGAGGUUGAAUGAUAGCGUUACCCAGGAGGAAUCCAUGGCAUUUCCGGAACUUCUGGACCGAGUAGGGGGCCUGGGCAGGUUUCAGCUCCUCCAGACAGUGGCUUUGGUGACCCCCAUUUUGUGGGUCACCACCCAGAACAUGCUGGAGAACUUCUCAGCUGCAGUACCCCGCCACCGCUGUUGGGUGUCUCUACUGGACAACAGCACUGCCCAGGCGAGUGUCCCCGGGGACUUUGGGCCAGAUGUCCUUCUAGCCAUCUCCGUCCCUCCUGGUCCGGAUCAGCAGCCGCUCCAAUGCCGCCGCUUCCGCCAACCUCAAUGGCAGCUUGCAGAGCCCAACACCACAGCCACCAACUGGAGUGAUGCUGACACUGAGCCGUGUGAGGAUGGCUGGGUCUACGACAACAGUACCUUCAUGUCCACCAUCGUGACCACGUGGGACCUGGUAUGUGAUUCCCAGGCCCUGAGACCCAUGGCCCAGUCCAUCUACCUAGCUGGAAUCCUGGUAGGAGCCGCAGUGUGUGGCCACGCCUCAGAUAGGUUUGGGCGCAGGAAGGUACUGACCUGGAGUUAUUUUCUGGUAGCUGUGUCUGGCACAACAGCGGCCUUCAUUCCCACCUUCCCCCUCUACUGCCUGUUCCGUUUCCUGGUGGCCUCUGCAGUGGCGGGUAUCAUGAUGAACACAGCCAGUCUCUUGAUGGAGUGGACAUCAUCCCAGGCCAGGCCCCUGAUGAUGACCUUGAACGCCUUGGGCUUCAGCUUUGGGCAGGUCCUGACAGGCUCCGUGGCCUACGGUGUGCGCAGGUGGAGGAUGCUACAGUUGGCUGUCUCCGCCCCCUUCUUCCUCUACUUUGUGUACUCAUGGUGGCUGCCAGAAUCGGCACGCUGGCUCCUCACAGUGGGCAAGAUGGACCAGGGCCUGCGGGAGCUACAGAGGGUGGCUGCUAUCAAUAGGAAGAAGGCAGAGGGAGACUCACUGACCAUGGAGGUCUUGCGGUCAGCCAUACAGGAGGAACCAAGUGGGGACCAAACGCGCACAGGGCUAGGCACUCUGCUCCGUAUACCUGGGCUGCGCUUCCGAACCUUCAUCUCCAUGCUGUGCUGGUUUGCCUUCGGCUUCACCUUCUACGGCCUGGCUCUCGACCUGCAAGCCCUGGGGAGCAAUAUCUUCCUGCUCCAAGCACUCAUUGGGAUUGUGGACCUCCCGGUGAAGACAGGCAGCCUGCUGCUGCUCAGUCGCUUGGGCCGGCGCCUCUGCCAGGCCAGCUCCCUGGUACUGCCCGGACUCUGCAUCCUGGCCAACACACUGGUGCCCCACGAGAUGGUGGUCCUUCGCUCGUCCCUGGCCGUGCUGGGGUUGGGAUCACUGGGGGCUGCCUUCACCUGUGUCACCAUCUUCAGCAGCGAACUCUUCCCCACUGUGCUCAGGAUGACAGCAGUGGGCCUGGGCCAGGUAGCAGCCCGAGCAGGAGCCAUCCUGGGGCCUCUGGUGCGGCUGCUGGGCAUCUACGGUUCCUGGUUGCCCCUGCUGGUGUAUGGAGCGGUACCAGUGCUAAGUGGCGUGGCCGCGCUGUUCCUGCCUGAGACCAAGAACUUGCCCCUGCCUGAUACCAUCCAAGACAUCCAAAAACAGUCAGUGAAGAAGGCAGCACAGGACACAGCAGGCAGCUCUGUCCUGAGGUCUACACGGCUAUAG